UCAGAUCUACAGCCACCUAAUUCCAUUCAUAAAAGCACAAAAAUGGCUAAACAAAUGAUGGCAAAAAUGUUUACUGAAGAUCAUGAUGCUUAUUUACCAUCAGAUGAUGAAGAGUUAGAGAAAAAUUUUAUUCGUCAGCGUCUAAUAGCACAGAAUAAGGAACCUGCACUUGAUUCCCUCAUAGAUGUUGAGCAUUCCAGAGAGAUUUUUGGUCUUAUCAAGAACAUGAAUGCUGCUCCUGAAACAAAAAAAAGAGUAAAACCAACAUCUCACUUUGGUUUGCUUCUGACUGAAAGUAGCAACAGCUCUUCCAAGUCUUCUUUUCUUGGUCGAAGUACAAGUUCUUCAAUGCAAUAUUCACAUAAGCAAAGUUCGUCUAUUGCUCGGGCAUUCAUUUUUGGUCGUGAUGACAGUAAUAGCCGGAGUAGUCUUCCAGCCUUUGAAAACAUUCAAGAAGAGAAUCAGCUGGAGAAUAAGAAUAAGAAACCUUUUGCAAAGUUCAGUGGCCCGCAAAUGAAAUCAAAUGCUUCUAAAGCAACGACAGAAUCUAGCACAAAUUCAAGUUCUUUGUUUGAAAUCCUGCAACAGUCAUCUAUACAAUUCGACAAACAAUUGGAGAGCAAGAUGAGUGGCGACAAUACAAUCGAAAUCAAAGCGGCCCAACCAUUUUCAGCUUUUAAAAUUCAGAGGAAGUUUUCAAAAGUUUCAGAGAGAAUUAAUAGAUCCCAAGGAUGAAGCGACCUUGCUUACUCUAUCAGUCAAGUGGCCCUAUUGUACUUACCUUAAUGUAAUCUGAAGCCUUUUUAGUCUUGCAUAAUGCAUAGGCUACUUGAUGAGAGUCUCCCAAACAAUGACCGGCAAUUUCUUUUACCAAAGAAAAGGAACACCAAGAAAAUAUACACUGGAGUUUCGGGGACUCUGAAUUGGCACCGCAGAAGGGGCAUUGUUGAAUUUGCUUAUUUGUUUAUUGUGUUGAUUGUGACUAUUUCGUGCUUGUUCUCGGCUGUGCUAGGUAGAGCGCAUUUAAUAUCUGAUUCGAGGCAUUUCAAGUUUUGGGUAAAACAAAUCAUCUGAAUAAUUGCUACUAUCUUGAAUGAGCGGAGUUUGGCU